AAAAGAAAAUGACAGACUUUACUUUGAAGCUGACAUUGCUGAGAACAGGUAAACAAGCAUAAAUCUCAAUGGGAGAAGAAAACCACACUUUUGUGGCUGAGUUUAUCUUCCUUGGCCUUUCACAGGACUUGCAGACCCAGAUCCUGCUGUUUAUUCUUUUUCUUAUCAUUUAUCUGUUGACUGUGCUUGGAAACCUGCUCAUCACUCUUCUCAUCUUCAUGGAUUCUCGACUUCACACCCCCAUGUACUUUUUUCUUAGAAAUCUCUCUUUCACAGAUCUCUGUUUCUCUACUAGUAUUGUCCUUCAAGUGUUGGUCCACUUCCUGGUAAAGAGGAAAACUAUUUCUUUUUUUGGGUGUAUGACACAGAUCAUUGUUUACCUUCUGGUUGGGGGCACAGAAUGCGCACUGCUGGCAGUGAUGUCCUAUGACUGGCAUGUGGCUCUCUGCAAGCCCCUGCACUACUCCACGAUCAUGACCCCACAAGUGUGUCUCCAGUUGACCAUAGGGUCCUGGGCCAGUGGUGCACUGGUGUCUCUGGUAGAUACCACCUUUACUUUUCAACUUCCCUAUCAAGGACAGAAUUAUCACUACUUUUGUGAACCCCCUGCCCUCCUGAAGCUGGCUUCAGCAGAGACUUACAGCACAGAAAUGGCCAUCUUUGCAAUGGGUGUGGUCAUCCUCUUAGCUCCUGUCUCCCUGAUCCUUGUCUCCUACUGGAAUAUCAUCUCCACUGUGAUCCAGAUGCAGUCUGGGGAGGGGAGGCUCAAGGCUUUCUCUGCCUGUGGCUCCCAUCUCAUUGUUGUUGUCCUCUUUUAUGGAUCAGGAAUAUUUACCUACAUGUGGCCAAAUUCCAAGACCACAGAAGAAUGGGAUAAAAUGAUAUCUGUGUUCUAUACAGUGGUGACUCCAAUGUUGAACCCCAUAAUUUAUAGCCUGAGAAACAAGGAUGUCAAAGGAACUCUCAGGAAACUGGCUGGAAGAAAGUCCUUUUCUCAGAGACGGUGACCUCUAGGUCUGACUUUUUGAGCUAUAGUAACAUCCUUAAAAGAGGAGCAGGAUUUCAGUCGACAGUUACAAGUUAGGUCAUUUCAGGAAGAGGCAUAAAAGUAAGGAACAUGUUCCAGAAACUGUGAAUACACCACCCUAAACAUACGGAAUAAAUAAAAGGAUGAAAAGUUAGGUUAUUUCUUGAUUAUGAAAAGCACUACAUGCUAUUUUGAAGGAGUUUUUGGUUAAUUCAGCUAACAUGGACAUGUUUUAAG